AUGGCAAACGAAGCAGAAAAUAGUGAUGUUUCGCUAGUGAAAUCCAUAGCGGAAAAAGUCCGCGGCUGUGAAAUUGAUAGAAUCCAACAACCGCAAACAAUCCACACCGUGGACAGGGUCCCGGCCGUGUUUCGAGAGCAAAACCAAAACGCGUAUACCCCUACCAUUGUAUCUAUUGGCCCUGUUCACAGAGGGGCAACACAUCUUAAAGCAAUGGAGCCUGUCAAGUUGAGCUACACCCGUGCCCUAUUUAACAGAACCGGAGCAGCAUUUGAGGAUACACUGAGAACUUGUGUGGCCAAGCUGUUGAACGACGAAUUAGAAUUUCUAAAGAGUUUUUAUGUGUCAUCCGGGUUAAAGGACAGUGGCAGCCUUGCGGAAGUGAUACUUAUUGAUGGCUGCUUCAUAAUUGAACUCCUCAAGAGGUUCGUCUAUUUAUACCCCAAAUAUGAUCCUAUUUUGUCCGACCCUUACAAGCUCUAUGCGGUCACUCGUGACUUGCUAUUGCUUGAGAAUCAGAUUCCUUUCCGUAUUCUUACAAUUUUGUUCAACACGUUGGGAUCAGGGCACCCAAUUUUAAUAAUGACCUAUUCAACAUAA